AUGUCACCCACCACCUCAUCAAGGAUGAAGCAACAGCCCGUCUCGGAUGCUACCGUGGUGCCUCGCGUCGGCGUCGCCGUGUUUGUGAUCAACGAAAAGGGUCACGUCCUCAUCGGAAAGCGAACAGGCAGUCACGGCGCAGGCACGCUCGCCCUCCCCGGCGGUCACCUCGAACUACACGAGUCGUUCUUCGACUGUGCUGCUCGCGAGGUCUACGAGGAGACAGGCCUCAUCCUCGAGCCACCGCAGGUCUCAGCACAGUCCGAGCUGCUCUCCCACUCACCGCGACAGAAGCACGCCCUUCUUCGAACCCAGUCCCCUUCUCAGCCCGUACUCGCCUCCACCGCAUCAACACCAUCCCCCUUCGACGAGGACCCGCCCCCACAGCGCUCCAGCAUCCUUCCCACACCCUUGCAAUUCCUCACCGCGCAAAACUCGGUGCGCAUGAAGGAUCACGGAGAAAAGGGUCAUGGCAAACACUACGUCACCAUCUUCAUGAAGGCCAGUGUCAAGCACGAUCCCGCCAGCCCGCAAGCGCAGCCACAGAUCCUCGAGCCUACAAAGUGUCUCGGCUGGUGUUGGGCUCCCGUCCCCUAUCUACUCAGCGCAGCACAUCGACAGCAUCAACUUCAGCUCUUGCAGCUCGCUGCCGCAUCCGAAGGCAGAUCCUUCCCCGUAUCCAUCGACAAGCUCCUUGAGGCCGAGAGCCUCGCUCAGGCACUCCAAGAGGCUGAUGAGACCUCUCCAGUCACAUCAUACGGCUCGCCACCCAUCCUCUCCGGUGCACUCGGCAGCAACACAAGACGCUCUUUCUCGUCCUCCCUAUCUCGCUUUGACGGGUUCCAGAACGUGGACACGGCGGAAGAGGCCCUUGCCUGGGCCGAGGCCGACGACUUUGCGCGUGGUGCUCCCCUCUUUCAACCGCUCGUCAAUGUCAUCAUCGAUCACCCUGGCUUGCAGAUCGCGUGA